CUGAGACCUAUCAGCACCCAAUGGAUGACAAAAAGAAAAAAAGGAGCCCCAAGCCCUGCUUGACUCAGGCAGCCCAGGCCCCAGGCACACUACGCAGGGUCCCUGUGCCAACCAGCCACAGCGGCUCUUUGGCCCUUGGACUCCCUCAUCUGCCAUCCCCCAAGCAGCGGGCCAAGUUCAAGAGAGUAGGCAAGGAGAAAUGCCGCCCAGUACUGGCCGGAGGUGGGGGCGGCUCUGCCGGCACACCCCUGCAGCACUCCUUCCUGACCAAGGUGACCGAUGUCUUUGAGAUGGAGGGGGAUCUGCUGAACCUGCUCAAUGAUUUCCACUCAGGCAGGCUGCAAGCCUUUGGGAAGGAAUGCUCCUUUGAGCAGUUGGAGCAUGUUCGAGAGAUGCAGGAGAAGCUGGCCCGGCUGCACUUCAGCCUGGAUGUAUGUGGGGAAGAGGACGACGAGGAAGAGGAAGAGCAUGGAGUCACUGAGGGGUUGCCUGAGGAACAGAAGAAGACCAUUGCGGACGGCAACCUGGACCAGUUGCUUAGCAAUCUGGAAGAUCUAAGUAAUUCUAUACAGAAACUGCACCUGGCGGAGAAUGCUGAGCCUGAGGAGCAGUCAGCUGCAUAGGUCUAGGACUCAGGCCCACGCUGCCUCUUUCAUUCUCUUCAAACUGUGACUUCCGUUCCUGGUGGGGCACACCUAUACUUCCAGCUU